CAUUUCAGGUCGAUGGAAAACUACACCUACAACAGCCCCACACUGCAGCUGGAGGGAUUUAAGGUCACAAAGGACACCAUGUACCUGAUCUUUUCCUCGUUCCUUAUCUCCUACAUUCUUAUAAUGGUUUUGAAUAUUGGCAUCACGGUUCUAAUUAUCACUGACAAAACCCUUCACGAGCCCAUGUAUCUCCUUUUUUGCAACCUGUCGGUCAGUGACAUCGUUGGAAGUACUCAUAUUGUGCCUCGUUUGAUUCGGGAUAUCUUGCUGCCGCCCUCUGAGCGUCUCAUCACUUAUUAUGAGUGUGUGGUCCAAGCUUUCAUCACACAGUUGUUCGGCACCACGUCCCACACCGUGCUCAUGAUUAUGGCGUUUGACAGAUACGUGGCCAUCUGUGACCCGCUGCGUUAUCCUUCAAUAAUGACCAACAGGAUGGUGAUCAAGCUGACGGCGUCCGCCUGGGGAGUGGCGUUUGUUUUGGUCGGGAUUCUGCUGGGUUUGACCAUACGGCUGAACCGGUGCAGGACUCUGAUCACAAACCCUUACUGUGACAACGCCUCGCUGUUUAAACUGUCCUGUGAGAGCGUGUUCAUUAAUAAUGUUUACGGCCUCACCUUCACCGUCGUCCUGUUCACAGCUUCUAUCGGCACGAUGGUCCUCACCUACACUAAGAUCACAGUCGUCUGUCUCACCAGUAAGAACAAGUCUUUGAACAGCAAAGCUCUGAAGACCUGCAGCACUCACCUGCUUGUGUAUCUGAUUAUGGUGUUUAAUGGGAUGUCUAUUAUUACACUUCACCGCUUCCCUCAGUACUCUGACUACAGAAAACUCUGCACCAUUUUGUUUCACAUCAUUCCUGGAAGUCUAAACCCCAUCAUUUAUGGCCUGCAGUCCAAAGAGGUAAAUAAGUUUUUGUCAAAGUGCUGUAAGUCCAAGAAGGUUUUGCCAUCAUUAAAAAAGUAG